AGAAAAUAACCCACUGAGAUCCCCCCUCAGAGCUCAAAGUGCGCACUGCACAGGCGCAGAACGCGGCUUGUCGAUAGAGAAGCUGAAAGGCACUAAGGCAGCCGAACCGACCGGCACUUCCCAGCGGACAGCCGCCGCCGCUGCAGCCGUCGGGACAGCGCUCGAGACGAGCAGUUAUCUUCCAAAAGCACGUGCAGCCGCGGUGGGAAGGGGAGGAACCCUGCUGUUUGCAGGCCGAGGACCGAGCUGCUGUGCGCGGAGAUGGAUUUAAGCAGAUGAUAGCAGACUGCGUGAGCGAUGCUUCAGGAGAAAGCUUCAGCUGUGACGGACGAACAUGUGAGCCGGCUCCAGACCGGCGGGGAGACGGAUCUGCUUCCAGACCAGUCGCGACUGGGCCUGUCCACAGCUCCCACCGUUCCCAGCUCCACCGAGCCCGACCAGAACAUUGAGAACAUUAAGGUCGUCCUUCACGAGAGGGAGCUGUGGAAGAAGUUCCACGAGGCCGGCACUGAGAUGAUCAUUACUAAAGCGGGGAGGAGGAUGUUUCCUAGCUACAAGGUCAAAAUGACUGGGAUGAAUCCCAAAACCAAAUACAUCCUACUUAUUGACAUUGUCCCGGCUGACGACCACCGCUACAAAUUCUGUGACAACAAGUGGAUGGUGGCUGGGAAGGCUGAGCCGGCGAUGCCAGGCAGGCUCUAUGUGCACCCUGAUUCUCCUGCCACUGGAGCUCACUGGAUGCGGCAGCUGGUGUCAUUUCAGAAGCUGAAGCUAACAAACAACCACCUGGACCCUUUUGGGCAUAUCAUCUUGAACUCCAUGCACAAGUACCAGCCCAGGCUACACAUAGUCAAAGCUGAUGAGAACAAUGCCUUUGGAUCAAAGAACACUGCUUACUGCACCCAUGUCUUUCACGAGACAGCCUUCAUCUCCGUAACCUCUUAUCAAAACCACAAGAUCACUCAGCUGAAAAUAGAAAACAAUCCAUUUGCAAAAGGAUUCCGAGGCAGUGAAGAAGGAGAUCUGCGUGUCUCAAGACUUCAAGGGAAAGAGUAUCCCGUGAUUUCAAAGAGCAUGGUUCGCCAAAGGCUCAUUUCAACGCACAGUCACCUAGCGGGGAAACUUGGAGCAGGAGUUAUCGCGGGGCAUCCUCAAGUACUGUCCUCUUACCAGUAUGAUACUGGGGUUCCUUUGCCUAACCCAGACUCCCAAGAUCCCAUUUCUACUCACUUCCCACAAAGCAGAGAUCCCAAUCUUCUUUAUCACUGCUUCAAACACAGAGAUAACGGGCGACACUUGGAGCUCGGAUGUAAACGGUCAUACCUGGAGACAUCAACCGCAGUCUCAGACGAGCAUUACUUUCGGUCGCCUCCUUCUUACGAAUCACCCUUACUCUCUCAUCCAUACCGCACUGAGGCAAUCACUUCUAGAGAGGCGUGUAUGUAUGGCGGUAUGGAAACAGAGUCUGGAUCCGGGGCGGCAGAUGCAGAUGACCCAACCAACUCUCCUUCAAUUAAUUGUAAUAUGUGGGCUACAGUGCAGCCGUACCCUCGCUACGGCAUGGAAGGCGUACCCUACCAGCCCUUUACUGCUCACUUCACCAACUCAGCCACGGUCACGCCUGUGGUGCCACACCCGGCAUCAUCAGUGGUGUCACGACCACAAGCCGACUUGGGCGUCUACAACUCGGCUGCAGUCCAGCGAGGUCUGCCUGUGAUACCACCUUCAACCUCUUCUUCAUCAAGCUCUCCAUCUUUCCCGGGAUCCAGAGAUAGUUCCGGUCAUCCACCUCUGUACCACAGGAAACCAGGAUCACCACUCCUACCUCACCGAGAUUUCUCCAGCUAUUCAGCACAGGGUACAAUAUCCAUCCGGGAGCCAGCUUAUCAGUACCAAGUGGGGCUGAGUAGCACAGGGAGUAACUGGACUGACAGCUAAUGUCGGUCACUGGAGACAUCAGUUUUCUCAUAUGAAGGUUUCCAGAAUCCCACUGCAGGGUGCCAGUGCCAAGCAAUGCUAAUGAACUACAGUCAUGUUGCAGGCAAACUGAAAACCAAUAUCCUUUACACCCAUGUGUUCAUACUGAAUCAAUAUUCCAUCCAAUGCUGUAGGUGGCAAACAGUGGCAGACCUGCUCUUUACUUAGUCAGAUGUGUAGGAUAUGUGCUAUAAGCCAGUGAUCGGGUGGAGUGAGGCGGUUCGGUCACACUAAAAUGCAAAUCAUUGGUUUGAAUGGCACUUGAAGUGUGUCAAAGGGAUCGCUACGGGUACAAAAAGUGUUACGGUUGUCAGUGUCUUGUCCUAUCAAGGUAGCAUUAGCAGAAAAAACACUUAGGAGGAGGACAAAGAAAAUGAAAUAAACAGAAGUUAACAGCUGCGCUGUUUAGUCUGAGAGACACGAGUGCUUUUCAGUCCCAAAAUAAAGAACGGUCGCUGGUAAUUCCUUUUUUUUUAAUUCAUGUCAAUAAAAUGCAUAGAAAGACCCCAAAAAACAAUCUGGUCAUGUCCCAAAUCUUUCUUUUUAAUGACUUCUGUGGUAUGUGUUUGUGCAUACCAUGAGCCAAUCAAAUGCUAGAUAGACAGAAGUACAUAUUGUAGCACAACUUCAAGUGUGUGACGUCGAUCAGAGUCAAAGCUGUGCUGUCAUUUCAAGUCCACCUCUAGCUUUUUGCUUCAUCGUGGAGAUUUCAGAGUCUUGAACACGACAUCAACAUACACCGUGUUCUCAUUUUGACAAAAGGUCCAUUCCAUGUUGGGUGACCAUGAGUCGAUCAGUAGUUUUUAUAGUGGCAGACUGGUGUACAUGGGAUUGGCUCGCCAAAAUAAAUGACAAUGGCCAAUUUUAUUCCCUAGUUUUGAGUUUUAAUUAUGCACAUGUGCCAAAAAUAGAGUUGUUACAGAGUAAGAAUGCAUUAAAUCCAGUGUAAAAUAAGGAAGAUAAAUCCAAGUUCACGAAAGCUAGCAAGACAGUCUUUCCCCAUGUUGUUGUACAUACAUAAAGAGGUAUUAAAUGAAGUGAAAGGUGUACCACAAUCCACCAUGAUGGCAGUUGUUAAUAUGUAAGUUUCUACAGGUAUGUUUGUCGAUACUAGCACUUAAGGAAAAGUGUUGCGAGUAUAAGAUUCAGGAAACACCGCAGUGGUGGGUCAUCAACGUUUGGCUCCAAGUGAUGACUCGAAAUCACACUGAACACCAAAGAGUGCUCAGGAGGAACCAGAUGGGAGCUUAAAGAGCUGUUGUUAAGCCAGCACGAGUACUAGAAAAGACAACGCCUCGCCAGUCCGACUCCCAGAUUGCUUACUAGGAAAAAAAAUCCCUGCACAACAUAAAACAGCCUGAGCGGACAAGGAAGAGAACGUCCUCAGCAGAACUGCAUUCAGUAAAAAUCGGAACUUGUAUUGCCAACGAAAGCUUAUUUGUACGAUAUGAUAUAGGUUAUACAUUUGUACAUUGUCCUUUUAUUUCAUGUAAAUUCAAUAUAACAUUUUUGAAUACUUGGACAUU